AUGAUGUCGGGAUUCAAUCCGUUCCGUGCCCGGAAGUUGGACGGUAGCGCUUCAGGUGCAACGGCAUCUGGCCCCAUUCUCUCGGGUGACGUCUCGCCGGAUGUGUUCACCAAACCACUUCCAUCGUUGCCUCCCCGGCUGCCCAACGGUUACCCCAGAAAGUCGUCUGGAUCGCGCGACGAGCGCGACGAGGCCGAUGAGUCGACCUCAUCGGACGAACAGACGGCCGAUCCUUUCAAUCCUGACUCCUCGGUCAGUGACAAUGAUGAUGAUGAUCGCCCUUUUCCUCAGGGGAGCUCCAUGAGCUUAGCAGCUCUGGAUGAUCGCCCUCGAGCAUCAUUUGGGUCUGCUCCACACCGAGCUCCAUCCAUCGAUGGGUCGACGGGCACAUCAUCAUCACCCGUCCCGUCUACAUCGGCCAACUCCAGCAUGCGGUCAGUCGGAGUAGCAGAGCCCGGGAACACAUCGAGCAACACAUCGCAAGAUCCCCCACUGCUGAGGACUCGGUCGGCGGAGCCAACUUCCCUGCCAGAGCCAGGCUCCAGUACCAGUCCUUCGAGUCGGCCCAAGAAAGACAAAAAGCCGCCACCACCACCCCGAAACCAUCAUGGGAAGCGAAUUAGUGUUUCCACUCUCACAGCCUCAUCAUCGUCUCGUCAAUCACCUCCUCGCUCUACGAACCGCCUUUCGUUUCAUGCCUCGUCCCCCGAAAGCUUGUCUACAUCUACGGCCCGGGCGACCUCAGGGACCCCCAAUGCCAGCUCGAUCCCGCAAUCACUGGCCCCGGACUACUUCUCGGUUCCGAUGGAGGACUACAGGGCAGCAGAUUCGACCGAUUCCCUCCACCGCAGUAAUUCCCAACAGAAACGCCCGCCCACACCUCCUCUCAGCCGCCGACACAGUCAAAUGCGACGGUCCAAAUCUACUCAAUCCAAAUCUAGCGGCAGUCGAUUAGCUAUGUCAUCGCGCGAUUCAGACAGCAACAGCAGCUCCCAGCCCCCCAGUCCGGGUCUUUCGGCCCGGUCUGUCGCCUCAACGGUCUCCCAAGACCGAAAGCGCACCAGCAUGCCCCCACCAUCCGCUAAAGAGCUCCGUGCCACCAAUCCCUCCACGGGGGCGUCGCUGGUCCCGACUGCCCCUAAUGAUGCUCGAAUACAUCCUCCUCCGCCGACCGGUCGGCGUGCCUCUUCGUAUAGCAAUAUAGUAGCGAGCUCCUCCUCCACGGCGGCGGCAGCUCCCCCACCUCCCCCGCCGCCUCGGCGCGCUCGAGACUCUAGUAUACGUAGCAGCGACGGCGGGCCGCUCUCUCAAACCACUACUGCAGAAGAGAUUCCGUUACCUCAACCUUCUAAUGCAGAUGAUAUAUUGGCUGAUCUGACCCGAUUACAAAAAGAGGUGGAUGACCUUCGCGGGCACUAUGAGAGCCGCAAGGUCAGUCAAUGA